UGCAGGAAUCCAUUACACAUUUCGUCAACUUCCGCUUCCGACAGCUUUGUUGAUAUUGGCAACAGGAUUCUUAUCGUUUUGUCCGAGUUUGAAAGCAAUGAAUUUGUAGAUCAUUUAUCAAACAAACACCAUGCCGAGACCCAAGUAUUUCACCUCCAAUGAAGUGUCUAUUCACAACACGAUAGAUGAUCUCUGGAUCUCAUUUUUGGGAAAAGUGUAUAAUUUGACUCCACUAUGUGAGGAAUACAAAGGUGAUGUUCUUCUAAAGCCAAUUAUUCAGUCAGCAGGAAAAGAUAUUUCACACUGGUUCAAUCCAAAACUCAAAGAUAUCCGCACCCACGUCGACCCUCUGACAGGCUGUGUGAUUCCCUACUGCCCUAACGGCAGGUUCGUACACAUCCCCCCGCCCUACCCUCACUCGGACUGGGCCAACGACUUCGGCCGACCGUGGUGGAAGGAUGAUUCCUAUUUGGUGGGAAUACUCUCCAAGAAGACGAGAUUUGUGAAAAUCAUCAACACUCUCACGUCACAAGAACAAGUUAUUGAAGUAUGUUCUGAAGAGAUUAUGACGGAGAUCCUGGAUCGCUACAUGAAGUACAACGGCCAUGCUGGCAGCUACACAUGGAAGUACGACGGCAGAAACCUGGACAUGAUGAAGACCCUGGAACAAAACAGCAUCCCCGACGAGGAUGAAGAGUUCUACAAGCUGAGCAUGAACGAUGACACAUUUCUUCAGGCAAUCCAUCUGUACUUCAAUGAUGACCUGACGGAGGCCUAGACAGAGAAUCUUUGUACAUCUGUUGUUCAACAUCCUCGUUGAUGAGAGCUGAGAUUUCACAUCUUAGUGUUCCAGAACCUCAUGGAUACAUUGUGGAUGUAGAGCCAAGUUAGGGUCUACUCAACAUCUUCUCAUCAAAACAUUGACAUAUAUAUCACAGAAUACCACUCCUUUCUGUGAGGAAAUCCAAAAUUUUAAACAUUCCUUUUGUGGAAUUGCAGCUUUUAAAUCUUUUUGUGUAUUAAUCUUAAUCAAUGAUUUCAUUGUAUGUUACUUUAUUUGUUAUUAAUGAUUUUAUUGUUGAAUACAACUAUUAAGUAGAUUGAUCCUGGAGAUGAGGUUGGUUUGUGUACAUACUACUUGAACUUUUGCUGAAAAUAUCUUAAAUUGAAAACUGAAGUUCAUCAUUGGAAUAAAAACUUCAAUAAUA